AAAUCCAUCUGAAUUACUGAAUCAUUUCCUCCUUUCUUCCCCUUCCUACUCCGAAUGAAUUAAAGAGCGCAGCUAUUCUUCGGUCACGUGAUUUAUUUCGGGAAGGAUAGAACAGUCGUAAAAAGGGUUUGGAGCACAAGAGUUGUACCUUUGACUUUUACUUAUUAAGGGAAUGGCGCGAUAUGGAUAUCUUCACGAUUAUGUAAAAUAAGGAACGAGGACAACGUCACCUCCUAUUAAAGUUUUACCAAACAAAACGUGAUCCGCAGGGAUUUUGAGUGAAUAUAAAUUUCAACUGAAAAUUAUUACACAGUAAAAUGGAUUCUACGAGGAAGAAUAACUCCGUUGACAGUUCUGUGAAUGGAUUUAAGAAGGAAGAUGUCAAAGAGGUUCAGAUACCAAUGCCAUGGGGUCACAUCAGUGGCAAAUGGUGGGGCCCUAAAGAGGUCCAACCGAUAGUGGCACUGCAUGGUCGUCAGGAUAAUGCAGGCACUUUUGACACAUUAAUGCCAUUGAUGCCCGAUGAUGUUUCUGUUCUUUGCUUGGAUAUGCCGGGACACGGUUUAUCUUCACAUUAUCCAAAAUAUCAAUACUAUUAUGUCUAUUGCGAUGGUGUCAUAUUCCUUCGUAAAGUCAUUAAAUAUUUCAAAUGGGAGAAGGUAAAACUGCUUGGCCACUCAUUGGGUGGUGCUAUAUCAUUUCUCUACGCAGCAUCAUACCCAGAUGAAGUCGAUGUUCUCAUAAGUUUGGAUAUUGCUAGCCCAAGUGUAAGGGACAUUACAAAAACAGCUGCAAUGACUGGGGACUAUAUUGACAGAUUUCUGAAAUAUGAAUUGUUAACAUUGGAUAAUGCACCAUGCUAUGAUUACAACGACAUGCUUGACAUAGUAGAAAAGGCGUAUGAGGGUUCUGUAACAAGGGAAGGAGCAGAAAUAUUAAUGAAACGUGGCAUACAACCAGCAUAUUCAAAGGACAAAUAUUUCUUUUCACGUGAUCCAAAACUAAAGGUUUCCAUUUUGGGCAUGUUCUCUUUAGAUUUAGUACUUGAAUAUGCAUCCAGGAUAAAAUGCGCUUAUCUCAACAUUCGUGCUGUUCCUGGGAUGAAAUUCGAGCAACCUGAAAAUUAUCAGAAAGUACUAGACAACAUAAAACUGGGGGCUAGAAAAUUUGAGUAUCAUGAAGUGAAAGGUACUCAUCACGUGCAUCUAUGUGAACCUGAAAAUAUUGCGCCUAUAAUUAUAAAUUUUCUACAAAAUUAAUAAUAAUAUUAUUUAAUUAUUGAUGAAUAUGGUUACUUAAGAUCAAAGGAAUAAUUUUAUUAUAGUCAUUAUCAAACUCUCAAAUUUAAAAUGCUGAUACGAAUUCAUAUUUGUUUAAUGCAUGUCUACUUACUUACACCAUAUGUAUAGUAAAUUGUUAAAUUAGAAAUGACUUUACAAUAUGUAUUUAAUAAUAUUGAUAAGAAAUACAGAGAUUUACAUAUAAAUGCGAUACAAAAGACAUCGAAAUGUGUUUAGUAUCUUAAAUCACUUUCUUCAAGGCAGGUACUUUUGUUUGUUAAUUAGCGUCGCUUUUACAUUGUAAUUAAUAAAUAAAUGAUUAUGUAAAUA